CUUGUCCUCUCCCCUUUCCUCCGCUGCCUCUCAGGCUUCCUUUAGUACCUUUGGACCCCGGAAGCUCAGGGAAGAAGCAGGCUUUUGAAGGAGAAGUUGGUGGCCUCUUUCCUGGACUUUGAAAAGUUUGGUUUCUGCAAAGGAAACAACUUGGGUUACCUGGAAGCAACAAAUCUGCAGUGAUGGCUGCCACACAACUGACUGAGAGUACCAUCACAGUGGGUGGGCAGACCCUGUUCUAUCGGCAGGCCAUGCCAGCGCAGCAGGCUCCUCGGCUUUCCGUCUUGCUGCUACAUGGCAUUCGUUUUUCAUCAGAGACUUGGCUCAACCUGCAGACUCUGUCUAAGCUGGCGGAAGCUGGAUAUCGGGCUGUAGCUAUUGACCUGCCUGGAUUAGGUCGUUCCAAAGAGGCUACUGCCCCAGCACCUGUUGGGGAGCCAGCCCCAGGUGGUUUCUUGAAGUCUGUCUUCGAAGCCCUGAAGAUUGACCAGGCGGUGGUGAUCAGUCCCUCUCUCAGUGGGAUGUAUUCACUUCCAUUCCUCUUCCAGCACAGUGAUCUGUUCAAAGCCUACAUCCCUGUGGCACCCAUCUGCACAGAAAAGUUUCCAGCCACACAGUAUGCCAGUGUCAAAGUACCAACGCUCAUUGUAUAUGGGGACCAGGAUGUCCAGAUGGGUGAAGUGAGCCUGAACAAUUUGAAGAAUUUACCUAAUCACAAAGUGAUGCUGAUGAAAGGGGCAGGCCAUGCCUGUUACCUUGACAAACCGGAUGAGUGGCACAUUGGCCUGCUAGAUUUCCUGAAGAGCAUAGAGUGAUGAGGAAAUUGGCUUUGCAACCCACUAUGAUCAAUGAUUUGCCCACCUAUCUCUCUGGUGUACACUUCCUGAUUAUUAGGAUCUUUGUCUGCAGUUUUGUUUAACAACCACAGCUGGACUUGAGUCCUUUUUAAAGUGCCUGACAACUAUAGAACCAAAUGAUCAGCAAAUGGAUGCUGCUGCAUCCAGAACAUCCUCAUGUUUCAUUAAUAACAUAGCAUCAUCUUUUGACUUGCUGUGUUUUGGUUGUGAGAUACAUUAAGUCACACUUAAUUCACAUUUUUCAUAGAAAGAUGUUAGGAUCUGUUACACAGAUGUAUUGAGAACUAGGUUAUCAUUUUGCUAGCUAUGAUCUGGCAUGAAAUCUACUUCUCCCUCUUUCUCAUCACUCACCAAGUUGGUGUCAUGUUUAUCUCUUUCUUAUUUAAAUGAACAUAAAAAGUCAACAGUUGGCACUAUGGCUGAGACAGAUGUAAGAAAGAUGUAAAGAUAGGGAAAUCUGUCUUUUUUGCUUCCAGACAGUCUUUCAAAGUCAGUCCACAGUGAGAGAUCUUUGUUAUCUUUGUCCUUGAGGUCUCUGCCAAGGCAUUCUAUCUUGAUUACAGAAACUUCUGAUAUUUCACUGUUAUUUUCUGCACACACUUCUCUGUGCCAGAACUACUUUUUUCUUUCUUAAGGGUGGGAAAAUGGCAAUUAUGUUACAGUGGCAAUCAGGUACUUUGUGGUGAGCAAAUUUCAGGGUUCACAGGAAUGGUUUUAGAGAGCAGCAUGGUGGUGGUGGGAGACAAAAUGCUUAACAUCUCCUGGGUUACUCAAAGUCUCCCAUUCUGUAUAGUAUGUUAAAUAGUUCUUUCUCCUCUUAAAGGCUGGCCUCUUCAAGAACAUACAGCUGCCAUCUUAGGAAACCCAUCUUUUCCAUGGUUAUCAUGAUUAUCAGAUUAUGUGGUUAAAUUAGAUAUUAGAGGAAUCUUAAACAUUUGAGAAAAGGUUUUUUGUGGGUUUUUCAGGCUAUGUGGCCAUGUUCUAGAACAUGGCCACAUAGCCCAAAAGCCCACAAAAAACUAAGGACGCUGGCCACGAAAGCCUUUGGAUUCACAUUUGAGAAAUGGUUAGUGGGACAAGCUACAAUACUGUUCGUUCAUGAUUGCCUUAUUAAAGGAAAACAGUACUAUAAUUCUGUAUACAUUUGGGAACAAGUCAAGGCACUGUCCUGUUGAUGUUCCAUACUAUAACCAUUCCAUCCCAGGUAUAAUGAAAGGGAUUUUUGGGUUAGGAAAGCAGAUGCAGACUUCCAAGAAUAAAGCUGGAGGGAGGAAAAGAAUUAAAUUAGCUGUGUAGCUGCAGCCUGGAUUCCAGAUAAAUGCUUAAGGACUAAUAGAUUAUUUGUGAAAAUUAAUAAUUUGUGAUUAAAUAAAACUGAUUUGUAUUUGU